UCGUUGUGUCCAUCAUUAGGAAAUAAAAAUCGAUGGACAUCGCAGCAAAUUAUUCCUAAGAUCAAUUUGAAAAAAAAUAAACCAAGGACAUCACGCUAUUUACCGUUUUCUGCACUUAUUACGGCGUGAAGAAACUAUUUUUCCCAAGUCAGAAAGGAAAUUGAUUGCCUGACUGUAAACAAAAAUUGUUAAAAACAUUUUUUUUUUCAUUGGAGAAUGGUAACCAUGAUUACAUUGAGAUGUAUUGAUCGCUAGGUCUGGGUUGACACAUGCGCUGUGUACUUAGCAGUGCCCACUCUCGGUUCCCGCAAUCUCGGCUUAUAGAGAGAUUGCUGAUUUCAUGGUUGUCUUUACUUACCCUUUGCCCUGUGAAUUUCGUAGAACGGUUACUGCCACCUGGAGCAUGAUGUGAGGACGUUCUUUGUCGGGAGACGUUUAGAGGCGUCAUGUCAAAGGAGAGCACGGGUUUAUUUACGGACAAACCGACCUCUCCGAAAUACGCCGAGGAAAAGCAUGAUUCAGUCUCCACACCCAAAGAGAAGAAGACAGGGAAGGUGUUCUUCGACGAUGAUGUGCCGGAGAAGAAGAAAGGGGUGUGUCCUUACUACUUCGGCGUGAGAUCCUACCUCCAUAACUUCUACGACUCGGCGACGUACAAGGAUCCCAGCAUCUACGAGGAAGAUGAUGACAACCGGUACCUCCUCAACCCGCAUGCGCGCCGACGCCGAUGUCGUCCGAUUUGGUUGAAAGUUUGUAUAUGGAUUGGAGUUAAUCUUCUAGUGUUGGGUGUUCUUGCAAUUCUGGCUGGGUAUUUCAUACCGACGAAAUCCAUCAUCCGUAAGGGUGACGUUCAAGAGAACGUCGGAUACGUUGACGAAGAUGCUGUCAGAUUCAAUACCACGCUUGAUCUGUUGAAGCUAGUUGGUCUGAUAUUGUUCUGUGUCGGGGGAAUCCUUCUGGCUGUGGCCCUUAUGUUUCCGACAUUCAUGUCCAACAUGUGUUCCGAUGACAUAGGCGAGGAGGCGAUCCGGAUUCAGUCGGGAGAGGAGAAGCCACCCCUGAGUCCUAUUGAGAUGACCAUACCCGCCACCUCCAAAGUGAAAGGUGUUCAACCGCCAUUUAGUUCUAAACAGAAAAUUCACUUCCAAGAAGAUUCUGUAAAAUUCAAGGAACAGUAAAUGCAGCAUGAUCUUGGGUUUGGAAAAGAAAUCCCCUUUUACCCAAAAAUGGUCACCCUGCAUUAAAUCGCUGUUCCAAGAAAUAGCUAUACGUGGAUAUUGUUUAAAAUUGUGAUUGUAUAAACUGUUAAGCAAUGGCAUAUUACUCAAUGAAUUUCGUUGCAGUAAGAUCAAAA